AUGAAGAGGAAGUGCAGGUUCGAUGUGGACGGGGGCGAACGCCCAUCCAAAAAACGGUCCAGCCAGCAGGCCAUAUCCAAAAGGGUUUCCUUGGUGCUCCCUAGUCCUCAAUUGACACAGAGCACUCUCCAGAAACUGCAGAUUGAGAGUGAGGCGGCUGACCCAGACUGGCCCACUCCUAUGGAGACCAGGGCAAUUUCAAAGAUGCCAAGGAGAAGGGGCCUGCCAACCCCCAAGAUGGAGGACAAGGGAACCCAAUGCGACAUGGGAUCAAAUAGGAAAAGGAUGACUAGUUUCCUAGAUUUAGAUUCAGACGACCUUAGGACUGCAAAGAAGAUCAAGGUCACCGUGGCAUCCGGGUCAUACAGCUCCUUUGGCUCCUCCACAUCAACAGACACAUCCACCAGCAGCGAGAGGACCAACUCCAAAUGUUCAGAAGUCUGCGAUGAAUGCAAGGCCAAAGUCCGGCGCAACCCACCACGCAGAGGUCAGACACAUUGGUCAUAACCUGCCUUAGGUUUGAGUGACCAGACACCACAGAGUGUUUCAAUGAGAUAAUUACAAACAGUGGCCAAUUGUUGUAAAAUGCAAAUACCUACAUCUGACUUAAGUCAAAUGUACUAUAAAGCCCCCUGUCUGAUCAGUUUUAUUGAUAAUGGCUCUGUUUGUACUCUUCUAGAUCUGGUUCUUGUGCUCAAUGAAGUCUCUUAGACAUUGAAUAGCCUGAUAAACAGUGUGUGGUUAGGGGAGGGACUGGGCCAUGUCCUUAACUGUGACAUUUGUGUUGAAGCCAGUUUCACCUCGCUCUACAACGUGGGCAAGUUGCUGGGACAAGGAGGCUGUGGGUCCGUCUAUGAGGGAACACGAAAGGAAGAUGGGAGAGAAGUAAUCAUCAUCCCUCCAUCUCUUUCCUCACUCUUUCCUCCCUCUUUAGAUCUGUCCAUCCACAGCAUAAGACAUUACCACAAUUAUGUUGAUUAUUCACAAUGUGCUUCUCUCUUCUCCGUCACUCAGGUAGCCAUUAAGUACAUCCCCAAGGGUGUAUCGGAGUACUACCUCACAAUCGUAAGUACAGUCCGAUAAAUGUGAAUCAGUGUACUAGCCUACCUAACAAUCGUAAAAACAGUCAGAUGGAUAUACAUCGGAGUGCUAGCCUAUCUAAUAAUUGUAUGUACAGUCAGACCAAUAUAACAGCCCACUGUGAGCUGCCAAUGCAUGAAACUUACUGUGUUGUUAAUCAACCUUCCCCCUUUAGCCUGGAACAACGUACAGGCUGCCCCUGGAGGUAGCCCUGAUGCAGAUCGUGUCGCGGCCCCCUGUCUGUGAGCACGUGCUGGAGCUGGUGGAUUGGUUCGAGCAGCCCAAGAAGUUCAUCCUGGUCCUGGAGCGUCCCACCUCCUGCAUGGACCUGUACGACUACUGUGAGACGAUGGGCGGGAAGCUCAACGAGGCCAUGGCGAGGGUCAUCAUGCUCCAGGUGGUUCUGGCGGUACGGCACUGCCGUGACCGCGGCGUCAUCCACCGCGACAUCAAAGUGGAGAACCUGCUGGUGCAGACGGACACUCUUAAUGUCAAGCUCAUCGACUUCGGCUGCGGGGAUCUGCUGAGGGAGAAACUCUUCAGGGACUUUGCUGGUGAGAAGAGACGAAGACUGAAUAGCAUUGGUGUGGUGAGCUACGGGCAAAGGAACGUAACUGACUAUGUUCAACACAUCCCCCCUCCCCCGUCUCUCCCCUUCUCUCUCAGGCACUACAGAGUUCUCUCCCCCUGAGUGGGUUCUGGAUGGGAAGUACCAGGGAUGCAAAGCCACCAUCUGGUCCCUGGGUGUGCUUCUGUUUGGCCUGGUCAACGGUGACCUGCCCUUCAGGAAGGAGGCCGAAAUCAUCCGAGGACACCUGCGCUUCAAGAGAGGGAUCUCCAAAGGUAUGUAGUUGCAGCUGGGAGGAGAUAGGCGUAUAUAGGGAGUAGGGUGCCAUUUGGUACGGGUCCAAUUACCAGUGCUUUAUCUACACACUAUCCAAAGCGAUGGUGACACAGUAGCAACACAGAAUUAAGCUAUUUUGCAUUUAAAAAUGGUUUAUGGUAGGAUACUUGAUUAAUAGAGUUUAAAAAGACGUUUUCAACAAGUGUGUGUUCUCUCUGUAUACUUUUUUUUACUGUAACAAAGAUACCAUUUGUGACUCUGUCUAAUCCUAUUGUUCCAUAGAAUGCAGAGACCUGGUCCGCUGGUGCCUCAAGCAAAACCCUCUAAAGAGGCCCGUCCUGGAGCAGAUCCUCCUGCACGACUGGCUGUCGGACCAGGCUUGCCCCUAA